GUUUAAUUUCAUUUGGCACAAUUGGGGGUUUGUUUAGAUGCAAGCAGAACUACAACUCCCGACAUGCUACAGUGUGGGCAGACUGGCCUGGACUUGAUACAGUGUGUCUCUCUCCCCAGUUCUGUAAAUCGUGGCUUGUUCUCUGCGUUAAUUUCUGAUAUCUGCAGUUUCCGAUUGACCCUCCAUUGUAAGGUACACCUUCUCAGGCUCAUCUUGCAGUGAUCAUGUUUAUUAAUGAAUUGCCAGAAUUAGAUGUACAUAGCUUGGUGUAUAAUGAAUAUUUUAGAAUUAGCUAAUCGUUUGUUAGUGUAAUUGUUGUCAUGUUAUUUUCGUAUUUAAUGUAUUUAGUUGUAUAACGCUGGUAAGCUUGCCCCUAGAAAAUUGGAGAGGAAGUGCUGUAGGUAUACAGUUUUUAUAAUGAAAGUUACCACGCACUUGAGUAUUUUAGAUUAGGAGAAGAUUCUACCCCUUAGAGUUCAUAGUCUGUCAGGGUUAUUUACUAAAAUGUGAAUUUUUAAGAACCCAAAGUAAAAGGUUUUGUUUUUGGCCACAGUAGAUGAGCUUAUCUAUUAUCUAAGUCAGCUAUAUUUUAGUUCUACUAUGCUGAGCUAAAAUUUCAUUUUUUUUUUAUUUUAAAUUCCCCACAAUUCAUGUUUUAUUGAAUAACCGUGUAAGUUUGAACAAGAGGCUUACAGUUCUUAAAGUGCAGUAAAUUGCUAGGAGGGGACACUAUAAGAUUUGUGACAGAUUCUAGAAGGUGUAACUUCACAAAUACAGAUAUGUAAGCUUACACAUAGGCAUAAAGUGAUAAGUAAACAUAAUUGCAAACUAUGCAAAGACCCCUAAAAGUGACAUUUCUGCUUUAAAAACCUCCUAGUAGGCCGCCUUACAGCAACAGUGAUUUUUUUUUUAUUUACAUUUGAGAAAUGAUGAAAAGUGCUUAUGGUGUUUUAGAAUAUAACUACAAAAAUAUAAAAGUUAUUUUAUUCAACAUAUACUUUAAAUUUGAUCACAUUUUCAAACGUCAACUGGCACAAGGUAUAGAUAUAGAAUAUAUUUCCUGGAUAUGCCUAUGGCAGUUCUACAGAUGGGUAUAACUCUUCCCACUCAUCUGUAAUGCUGCCAUGGCCUAUGUCCACAAAACAAAAAUGUCAGUAAAUAUGGUAUCAUCUUUCUGUUUUCCUGGAUACGUUCAUGGCAGCACUACAAAUGAGGGUAGAAGUUAUAUCCAUCUGUAGUGCUACCAUGGCCUAUAUCCAGGAAACGAAAAUAUUAAGUAUGAUAUAAAUAUUCUGUUAUUACGAUUAUUGUUAUUACGGUGAUAUUUUAAUCUCUAUGUAAAAGUAAUGUUUGUUUUCUCUUUCAGUGGUCAAAGUUUAUUUAUUAUUAUUUUUUUUUUAAUCAUGUGUGAAUUAUAUAUUGCAGUUCAAUACAUCUAUUCAUACAGCUUUGUGUCCACAGAUGUUUUUUAGAAUCGGGAGACUUUUGGAAUCUUCACAAGUACCGGUACGUUGUUACUUUUCCCAGAAGGCAAAACUUAAUCUCUUUUGUACAUUUCUUCAUAGACUAGAAAAGAGAAACAUAGUCUGCAUGGCAAAAAACACAAUCAAACCUGAUUCUACAGAUCCCAUUUCUAGUGAAGGAAUGGCUGUCAAACGGUUAUCUGUGGAAGGGAAUAUUGCCGUGGGGAAAUCCACAUUUAUGAAACUGUUGUCCAGCUUUUUCCAAGAAUGGGAGUUGGUCACAGAACCUUUGCGGAAGUGGCAACAUGUCCAGGACUCUGCUCCACAUGGAGGUAUGGACAACCUCUUACAGAUGAUGUAUGAUGAUCCUAGCAGGUGGUCUUAUACAUUUCAGACUGUUUCUUGCAUGACUCGGUUUAAAACUCAGAUAGAGCCGCUUUCUAAACAGCUGUUGAGUUUGAGAGAGCCUGUCCAGGUAUUUGAGCGAUCCAUUUACAGCGAUCGAUAUGUAUUUGCAAAAUGUUUAUUUGAGUUGGGCCAUUUUAAUUCAAUUGAAUGGACCAUGUAUCAGGAAUGGCACUCCUUCCUAACACGGGAAUUUGCUGAAAGAGUUCAUUUAAAUGGAAUAAUUUAUCUACAGGCAACUCCUGAGAUAUGUUUUGAAAGACUUAAAAAAAGAGCCAGAAAGGAAGAGAAGACCGUACAGCUAGAUUACCUUCAAAAGUUGCAUGAGCAACAUGAAAAUUGGUUGAUAAAGAAGACAACGAAUGUCCACUUUGAACAUGUUAAGAACAUUCCCGUUUUAAUUUUGGAUGUCAAUGAAGAUUUUGAAAAUAAUCCACUUGCAAGUCAGAGACUCGCUACCAAGAUUAAGAACUUCUUAGCAGUGUUAUAAUAUUUAUUGUUGCUGUUAUUAGUUUAUAGAACCCAUUAUCUGUUGUCAACUGCAACAAAAUAAGUUAAAUGUUUAAUGGAGGUACGGGUGAGAAUGGGACCACUUUUCUCCUCUUGGUAUAACUUCUAAUAUGUACUAUUAUGCUGUAUAACUUUAGCACCUUUUUUAAAUAUAUGUUAUUUGCUAUAUAAACCACCAUGUGUCCUCAAUAAAUAAAUAUUUUAGAUACGCUCUAAAAACAUCUUUAGCUUAGAAAAUAAGUUUUGGUGUGUAACUCAUGCGACUGCAGUCUCGCUGCUCAAUUCUCUGUCAUUUAGGAGUUAAAUCACUAUGUUUAUGCAGCCUAAAACACCCUGCCUGUGGACUUACCUUCCCUACAUACUUCCUGUAAAGAGAGAUCUAAUUUUUAAACGUCCUUUAGUGUGUGUAAUUUAGAAUUUCUUAUCUCUUACUCCAUUAAUAGCCUAUAGAAUCCUCCGGUUAAAGGUCUGUUAACAAAGCCAUCUGAAGUAAACACACUGUGCUGCUAGACCUGAUUGAAAUUACAUGUUAGCUGUGUGAAUCUCAAUAAGGGGAGUUGUGACUCGGGCUGCAUAAACAGAAGCAAAAGUGAUUUAACUCCUAAAUGGCACAGAAUUGAGCAGUGAGACUUCAGGGUCACGAUGUAUACACUAAUGGCUUCACUAGGUAAAGUUGUUUUGGUGCUUAUAAUAUCCCUUUAAACUACAAUGUGUAACUAGAUCACAUUUCUCCUCCUACAAUUGUUUGCAUUUUAUUUAACAUCCAAUAUACAUAUUUAUAAUUAUAUAUUAAUAUUAUUAUUUUUUUUAAAUUGAGUGCAAAGUUCUAUAUCUCUACAUCAACUCAUAAAGUAAAGAUAGAAAAAACAGGGUUUUCUAACUUUUUACCUUGGCAGAUUAUUUACUGUUUAGAAUCGAAUGAAGGUUGUCAUGAUUAUUUAAUAAGAUAUUAUGUUGUUUAAAAAGUGUAUGUG